AUGAGGCGGCCACGUAGCCAGUCUCUCCCGACUCUGAAUCGGGCAUGUCCGGCCGAGAGGCGUGAUAGCACCGCGUGGACAGCCUUACAUAGGAAUGACGGCGGCGCCGUGGACGACGCCCGGCCCACCUACGUUGCUCUUCGGAAAGCUCUUGGAAUGUACAGUGCUGUUAGCCUCCAUGGAACACCUAAGCCGUGGCUAACCCUCAAGAAGGUACACUUGCUUCUGUGGGUGAUCAGUGUCUGUUGCCAAGCAGCCCGGAGCUCCAGAAGACUCCUUGUGCCCACAACCACAUUUGCUUAUAAUCCAUCGGCAUCCCUCUUCCAAGGAACUAUCCACCACAACAUCCGUUCCAGCACCAUCAACCCGAUCACAAGUUCCUACCCAAUGCAUUUUUCCAAUUUCUCCAACAUGCUCUCAGUGAUCUUCAUGCUCCUCAUAGUGAUCGCUUGCGCUACAGGGCAAAAGAAGUUCUUCACAUGUCGGGCCUAUGGAUAUUGCACAUUCGAGGACCGAUUAACCAUCCCCAUAAACUAUGCCUGUAUGUUGACUAUCGAACUCUAUAGAAGUCAUGACCCGAUGGGCUGA